AUGUGCCAAGCAAAAAGAAAAAUCGAGGCUUCUGAAAUUGUCCAUUCUCUCCAGAUAUUAGGGUUAACUAUUUCUGAAAAACAAGCAGAGUCGAUUCUUAAAAGCAUUGACAGUGAUGGAACGAUGACAGUGGACUGGGAUGAAUGGAGGGACUACUUCUUACUUAAUCCUGUUACAGAUAUCGAGGAAAUUGUCCGUUUUUGGAAACAUUCCACUGGUAUUGACAUAGGAGAUAGUUUAACUAUCCCGGAUGAAUUCACAGAAGAUGAAAAAAUGUCGGGACAGUGGUGGAGGCAGCUUCUGGCGGGAGGCAUUGCUGGCGCCGUCUCCCGUACAAGCACCGCGCCCUUGGACCGUCUCAAAGUCAUGAUGCAGGUCCAUGGUUCAAAAUCCGACAAAAUGGACAUAUAUGGUGGCCUCCGGCAGAUGGUGAAAGAAGGAGGGAUCCGCUCCCUUUGGAGAGGAAACGGCACAAAUGUUCUUAAAAUUGCCCCGGAGACGGCUCUCAAGUUCUCAGCAUAUGAACAGUACAAGAAGAUGCUUACUUGGGAAGGACAAAAAUUAGGGACCUUUGAGAGAUUUGUUUCUGGUUCCAUGGCCGGAGCAACUGCACAGACGUUUAUUUAUCCUAUGGAGGUUCUGAAAACCAGGCUGGCCGUGGGCAGAACCGGGCAGUACUCCGGCCUGUUCGAUUGUGCCAAGAAGAUUUUGAAACACGAAGGCAUGGGAGCUUUCUUCAAAGGUUAUACUCCCAAUAUACUAGGCAUCAUACCUUACGCAGGCAUAGACCUUGCUGUGUAUGAGCUCUUGAAGUCCCAUUGGCUGGAUCAUUUUGCCAAAGACACGGUGAACCCCGGAGUGGCUGUGUUGCUGGGGUGUGGCGCCUUGUCCAGCACCUGCGGGCAGCUGGCCAGCUACCCGCUGUCUUUGGUGAGAACACGCAUGCAGGCUCAAGCCAUGAUGGAAGGAAGCCCACAGCUGACCAUGGUUGGCCUCUUCCGACGAAUCAUUUCCAAAGAGGGGGUACCGGGACUUUACAGAGGCAUCACCCCAAACUUCAUGAAGGUGCUCCCGGCUGUAGGCAUCAGCUAUGUGGUUUAUGAAAAUAUGAAACAAACUUUAGGAGUCAUCCAGAAAUGACAUGUUGAACUUUUUUUUUUUUUUUUUUUUUUUUUUUUUUUUUUUGCUUUAGCACAAUUACACGGAAAUUCUCAAUAAUAUCUAGAGGGACUUUUUCUCCUAGAAUUGCAAGUCGAUGGCAAAAGAAGUAUUUUUUUCACAAACGGGAAGAGCUUAUCAAUGAUCAUUUAAGCAUCUGGGCUCAAUUUUCUAUAUACAGAAAUGUUUUAAAAAAUCAUAGUUUUGAUAAGCUCAUCCAAUUUUGAAAAAUGCCAGAAAACUGAAUUUUCUCUCUUCUUCUUAAUCCUUUCUACAAAUCCCUGCCCUGAGUCCUCAAUCUGAAACACGAACCUGCUUGAACUAAAUCUGUCUUGUGUGGUGGAAUCAUAGAUCAUCCAUCUUUAUUUUUGGAUGGUUCAGGUUUAUGCCAGCUUUAUACUUGUCUUUUUCUUAAACGCAAGAUGAUCAGAAAACCUCAACACUUAAACUGUUUUAUAUAUUUUGAGUGUCUUUGUAGACUUCUUAACAUUUCCUUGUAGGCCUGUUAAUAGAAGUCAUUGGGUUUCUGUCCUUACCUUCCUUUAAGUGAGUAAGAAUGGACAUAAGUGGCUGGACUAUUGCUAUCAUUUUUGUAAAGGAGUGAUGAGAUAAUACUUACUCUGCGGGCCUUUUUCUCUUUUCCUUGCACUGUGAUUUGGUUCCUGAGAGGACAUACUGUCAGCUUAUUGCCGUUACGUUAUCAACACAAGGCACCUUAUUUGAAGGGUUCUGUUUAUAUUCUGUCUUGGCUUUGAAAAGUACCAGGAAACAAAACAUUUUUAUGGAGAUCAGCUUCUGAAGAGCAUCUCUCUCUUUUUCGUCCUUUGUUUCCUACUUGAAUCAGAUUUCCCUGGGACGGUCUCUGGGAACCGUUCUUGGUUAUCUGAAAUGUCUUCAUUACACGAAGUGGGUUGAUCCCGGGUGACAUUCCCUGUCCUCCCUCCCUGUUGAGUUUCUUUGAACCUGCAAUUCUCCACAUGGGCAGCACAAACCUAAGGGAAUAGUACAUAACAGUAGUAGCAAAUAUCUUCUAUAUUAGGUACUUAUAUUUAAACAAAAGGCCCAAUUUAUGAACAUACACAUUCAUAAUCUCUCUUGCCCCAAGUUUUAGAACAUGUUAUGAUAUAGAAAACUUAAUUUUUAAUAUUGAUAGCAUGUUUUUAUUAGAGCUAUUCUUUUUGUAGUUAACUAUCUUUUCUGACUUAUGUGAUUAGGAGUUAGAAUAACAUUAGUUGAAGUUAUUCUUACCAUUUUUUAAAAUUUAGUUUCUAAACUUGUUUGAUUUCUAGUAAUUGCUGUUAUAAAUUGUCAACAUUUUAGUGAAAAUUUAGCGACAUAAUAGGCAUUUACUUUCUUUGAAUCUACCUCUUGUAUUUUAUGAACCAAAGAGAAACGUUGGACUUGUCUUUUUGAAACAUUUCCAAAAUAUAGUUUUCAUUAUAUGAGUUAUGACUGAUACAUGUCUCAGUAUUUUUAUAAUACAUAUAAGCAUGGGACUCUAUCUUUUGCGUGGUUUGUUCUUUGGAGUAAUACAUAAAUUAUAGUAAGGUACAUGAUUAGCUCUUUUAUACUCAUAAAAAAUUAUGGAAUGGACAACUGACAUUUCAAGCUACUGAAAAAUUAUUGUUCAUUAUGAAUUUAAAUUGUGUGCUAUUUAACAUUUGUAAGGAGUGAAUGUGAUUUAUCUGUGCAUCUUGUAUCUUUUGAAACAAUGAUCUUGUAUCUUUUGAAAAGAGCCCGGAGUUGAAGAUAGAUUAUUUCUGGCAUUGGUGAAUAUUUACUUUCCAUUUAUAUUAAAAAAAUAUGUAUUUGUUUUUAAAA